AUGGCUAAGAAAGGAAAAGAGGACAAAGGGAAAAAUGCCCGAAAGGGGAAGAAGGAGCCUGUUGCUCAGCUGGACGAAGGGUCAGAUUCUGACAUGGAAAAGAGGAACGCUGAAGAAAGCGAGAUGGACAGCGAGCUGGUGGAGGGAGAGGAGGCGGAGAAUGAAGAUGACCCUAAGAAGAAGAAGGGGAAGGACAAGAAAGGCAUGGUCAAGAAGGCAGGCAAAGGGAAGAAGGGGCAUCUGGACGAGAAAGAGGUCCAAGACCUUCCUGCCAAGACCAAGAGGCAGCUCAAAGGAGCCUCCCAUCUGGUCAUGGGCCUGGCAACAGAGGACCCCAAGAAGAAGGUGGCCAAGAAGGAACACGCCAAAGCCCAGCUGAAGGGAGCCACUAAGGCCAUGGCCAUGGCCAAGAAAGAGGCAGUGGCCCCACCCAAGAAGAGGCGGAGCUUGAAAAGCACCUCCAAACUCUUCAUGGGCGUCAAAGGGAUGGGUCCCCAGAAGAGCACCAAGAAGAGCCAUUUCAAGAACACCUCGCGCUUCUUCUGGGGCCUGAAGAAGUACAGCACCAAGAGGAAGAAGAACAAGAAGAACAAGGGGGUGUUGAAGUCCACCUCCAACCUGAUGAUGCGCUUCAAAUCUCUUGGAAAGAAGAAGGAGAAGAAAGAGGGAGCUUCUGGCAAGGAGUCCAAGAAGUCCUCCUUCAUGCUGAUCCGGUUGGGAGGCAGGAAGAAGAAGGCAAAUCAGAACUUUAAAUCCCAGGCCCAGGUGGUCAGCAAGGUGGCUGCGGUCACCAACUGGCUGACCCGGAAAUUCUUGAGCAAACGUAGCAGAACCAGAUAUGACAAACGAGCAACUGACGACUCUUGGCUAGCCAAGAUUGGAGCCAGGAAAUUGCCUUUCCCUUCAGAAGAUGAAGUCUUGAGACACCGAGCGAAUAUGAGAAGAGUUCCUGGAGCCAAUAAAUGUACCUGUUCCGGCCAAUACUCGGAGGAAUUUGGCCAGUGGGACCACCUGGAUUCCGCCGCCUUACAAGAUCACUUUGAUGAUUAUGAAGAAGAAGGUGGUGGUUAUGAUGUCCAGUCCCCUUUCAAGUAUGGCUUUUCUGGUUAUAACCAGGAUUGUUACGGGAGGCAUCCGGUGGAAGAAGAAUACGGGCCUUAUGAUGAAGACUACGAUGAGCAGGACCCUUACCGGUGCCACCCCCAAGAAUAUGGGCCGCCUUUCCAUUAUCCAUCUUAUGAACCUUAUGAGGACUUCAGCAGUGAUUAUGAAGGGGAAGGUGGCCCACAUUGGGCUGGAGAACUGGAACACCCCGAGGAGGAGGAGGAGGAGGAGGAGGAGGAAGAGGAGGAGGCUUACUGUCAACAAGACAUGAAUGACAGUGACCAAGAAUGGGUCUCCCAGUCUUCAUACAACCCAUACGCUUGUCUGUUGGAUGACAUUGCUGAGAUGGAAGAAGCCGACAGAGCUGAGCCUGAGCCAGAAGAUGUCCCCGUUGUUUUCUCCCGUUCUUCUGUGUUUGAACGAGGGGUGGCAGGGAAGACGGUUGCAAUGGCACCCUUGAACAGGAAGCUUUUCCCGAGGCCCCAAGUGAAGCUGUUCGGGAAGGAGAAGCUCGAUGUCCCUCUGCCCCCUGCCCCACAGAUCUCUAUGGCUUAUUUGGAUCCCGAGGAGGAAGGCAUCCCUGAGGAAGAAGAGCAGGAGCCUCUAAUCUCUCCAUUUGCCCAGUUUGAUGGUCAGUAUCCGGAGCCUUCUGGGUGUCGAGAGACUUUUUCAGAGUUGCUCCCUGUGAGGAAGCUUCAGAGGCCCCACCGGACCAACUUGGGUGGAAGGAACUGGGCUCAGGAUCCAAAUCACUUGAAGCCUCCUCUUUCUCCAAGAGAAUGCGGGAGUCCCCUCGGACAGUUCCUGCAACAAUCCAUCUCUCAGCCAAGACCGAUUCUGAAGCACCACGGGAACCGGAAAAGGAACCAACCAGGCACACGUGAGCCCAACAGAAGAACUCUGUCUCCGCGGUUUGGGAAGAAGGGUCCUCUGGAGCCAUCUCCUCCUCCACCCCCAAGGAUGCCUUUAGAAAAACCAAGUCCCACCUUCACCCACAGCUCCGUCAAGCAGCUUAGGGGUCCAGGGAAAAGCCACACUAUUUUCGCACCUUCUCACACCGCAGUAGCAAUGCAGGAUGGUCUUCACCAAGAGUUGCAAAGCACUCUCCGGUCAACUUUCAAUAGAAAGCCACAGCGAGACCUCAGGUUUUCCCAGAGGAGCACCUCAUGGUCCACAACCGGACAUCAAGCUCCUUCCUUCAAGGGUAGGAGUCCCCAUAACCAUGUGUCUUCUCCUUCUCCAAGAACAGCCAAAGAAAACCGGGUGUCAUCAGGGGGGCGCAGGACAACCACAAGGGAAAACUCAUCCAAGGACGACUCUUUCCAGACCUCUCCUUCCCCUCACCCAUCAGCACACAAGCGUCUGGGAAGUCAGCGCAGCCUCUCAUCUUCUAGCUUAGCAUCUGUUAAAAGCCUGAAGGACACCCCUUUCAGUCGCUCAUUAUUUCAUACCUCCAGCACUCCAGAGUUUCUAGGUUCGGCCAGAAAUAGGACCUCUAGAAGAUCACUUACAACCAACCAGGGCAGUUCAUCAGGCAUCAAUGGACGCUUCGGGAAGCCUCCCCCAGGCUUGGAGCAGGCAGGCCGAGCCCCCAACGAAAGCAGUGAAGCCAUUAAUGAGAAACCAGCAUUUGAGGCAUUCCUUCCUGGAGAAAGAAGGCGACAUUUAGAAGAGGAGAAUCCGUAUCUUGCGGAGUUUGGUCCAGAAGAGGCUCAAGCUUUCUCAAGGAAGCCGUUUCCCCAGCAUUCUCCAGCUGCUGUUGCCUCAAUGAAGCAGAAGACAGAGGCCAGGUCUGUCAGGUCUUCUACUCCUAAAGAGGCCCGUAAGCUCUCGGGUGGGCAUUUCUCCUGCACCGUCCCUGGUGAUCAUCGUGGCAGUUUGAGGAGGCCCAAUCUCAGCCCCAUGUCUCAGAGAACAGUUUCAUUCCAAAGGCCCUACACUUUGGAGGAAGAAGGCUCCUCUUCGGCCAGACCGCCCUCCGUUCGCAGCCAGUAUAACAAGCCGAGGAGACCAGAUUUUGCCCACGGACCUCCUGAGCUUCUAGAACACGACGUGGAAGGAGGCAUAGGGAGAUAUGCCGUGGUGAUGCCCCAAGUCCAACCGAUGGGUUCUUGCCCUUGGAGAAGGUCCCGGAGGCAGAACCAGCCGUGGUCGGAGUAUCACACAGUGAGCGUUCGUGAGAUGCCGAACGGUUGGGCCUCGGAGAAGCUCUUCCAGCAGCCUCCAGCGGAGAGUUUUAGGGCUCAGGGGGCUCACCGUGGGGGAGGAAGAGGAAGAGGGAAUGGAGUGUUCUGGUACCUGACGCGGGGAGCCUCUGGGCCCAAGAGUGAAUAUGGAGAAACCAACCAGAAUUGGCAAUGCAAGAUGCACUGCAUUCACAAUUUGCAAUCGGCAACCAACCCAGGAGAGGCGAGCUAUGACGGCGUGGAUGACUUGACCCAACUAGAAGACCUCCAGGAAAGCGUGAUCCUUCACAACAUCCAAAGGAGGUUUGAGCGGGGGCUGAUCUAUACCUACAUAGGUAGCAUCCUGGUGUCAGUGAAUCCUUACAAAAUGUUCAACAUCUACGGAACGGACCACGUCCUGAAGUAUGAAGGCAAAGCUUUGGGAGAGAACCCGCCACACCUCUUUGCAAUCACUAACGUUGCCUACAGCAAGUUGAGAGAUGCCAAACUCAACCAAUGUAUCAUCAUUAGUGGAGAAAGCGGAUCGGGCAAAACCGAAGCCACCAAGCUGAUUCUUCGUUACCUGGCAGCUAUCAACCAGAAACACCUUGCGACUCAGCAGAUAAAGAUUCUCGAAGCGACUCCUCUUCUGGAAUCCUUUGGAAAUGCCAAGACCGUGCGGAAUGACAACUCCAGCAGAUUUGGGAAAUUUGUGGAACUCUUUCUGGAGGACAACGGGUUGAUCUGUGGUGCCAUCACCUCCCAGUACCUUCUGGAAAAAUCACGAGUCAUCUUUCAGGCCAAAAAUGAACGAAACUACCACAUUUUUUACGAGAUGCUGGCUGGUCUCCCCACGCAGCAGAAGCAGGCCUUUUGUCUUCAAGGUGCAGAAACCUACUAUUAUCUGAACCAGGGAGGCGACUGCGAGAUUCCUGGCAAAACGGACCUAGAAGACUUUCAUCGGCUGCUCGACACCAUGGAGGUCUUGAAUUUCAGCCUCCAAGACCAGGACAGCAUCUUCCGAAUCCUGUCUUCCAUCCUCCACUUGGGGAACGUCUACUUUGAAAAGUAUGAGACCGACUGCCAGGAAGUGGCCUCUGUGCUGAGCGCCAAGGAGAUCCGGGUCGUGGCUGAGCUGUUGCAAAUCUCUCCCGAAGGCCUGCAAAAGUCGAUCACCUACAAAGUGACGGAAACGCAGAGGGACAAGAUUUUCACACCACUCACUGUAGAAAGUGCCGUGGAUGCCAGAGAUGCCAUUGCCAAGAUCCUUUACUCACUGCUUUUCAACUGGCUGAUGGACAGGGUCAACAAGCAGAUGUACCCCAAGCAAAACACCCUCUCCAUUGCCAUCUUGGAUAUCUACGGCUUUGAGGAUCUUGGUUUCAACAGUUUCGAGCAGCUGUGUAUUAAUUAUGCCAAUGAAUAUCUCCAAUAUUUAUUUAAUAAGAUCGUCUUUAAGGAAGAACAGGAAGAAUAUAUCCGUGAGCAGAUUGAAUGGAGAGAGAUCGCUUUCACGGACAACCAGCCCUGCAUUGAGCUGAUUUCCCAAAGGCCUCAUGGCAUUCUGAAGAUCCUCAAUGACCAAAGCAGCUUUCCUCAGGCCACGGAUCACACCUUCCUUCAGAAAUGCCACUAUCAUCACGGCUCCAAUCCCCUCUACUCCAAGCCAAAAAUGCCACUGCCGGAAUUCUCCAUCAAGCACUACGCAGGGAAAGUAACCUACCAGGUGCACAAAUUCUUGGAUAAAAACUAUGACCAAGUUCGCCAGGAUGUCCUCGAUCUUUUCGUCAACAGUAAAAUCAAAAUGGUGGCCAGCCUCUUCUUCAGCCACGCUCAGCUGGUGGCUCAGCAGAGGACCAUGAUAGGGAAAAGCAGCACCAGCAAUCGGAAGUAUAAGCCCCAAACGGUGGCUGCGAAGUUCCAGCAGUCGCUCCUGGACCUGGUGGAGAAGAUGGAGAGAUGUAACCCUUUCUUCGUUCGCUGCAUCAAGCCCAACAGUAAGAAGGAACCAGGACUGUUUGAGGCCGAUACAGUCAGCAACCAGCUACGAUCCUCAGGAAUCCUGGAGACCAUCCGAAUCCGCAAGGAGGGUUUUCCUGUCCGGAUCCCCUUCCAAAUCUUCAUUGACAGGUACCGCUGCCUUGUGGAUAUCCGUAGUGACAUCAUCCCGGACGGGUGGAAUUCUGUGGGGGUGCUGAAGAAGCUGUGCCCGGUCACCCCAGAGAUGUACUGCAUUGGCACAACCAAGCUCUUCAUGAAGGAAAGCGUCUACCAGCAAUUGGAGGCCAAGCGGGAACAGAUUGUCCACAUGGCAGUGGUGACCCUCCAACGUUACGUCCGCGGCUUCUUGAUCAAGAAACGAUUCUAUGCCUUACGCUGCAAGAUCAUCCUCUUCCAAGCACGGGCACGGGGUUAUCUUGUCAGGCAAAAAUGUGGGAGUCUGCGUCAGAGGCUCAUCAAAUUCAGAUGCCUGGUACGCAUCUAUAUGAACCGCAAGAGGUACCUCAAGAGGAAGGAUGAGGAGCGUCGAGUUGCAGAACAGGAGAAGAAAAAGGCCGAGCAGGAAUUGAGUCAACGAGAAGUGAUGAAAGUCGCAGACUUGGAAAUCCCAGCUGACCUGGUCGGACUCUUAAACAGAGUGGCUGUUCACAAGCAAGUGAAUGAGGACUGUGUCAUGCCUGUCCCUCCACCCAAGAUGAAGGCUGGCUCGCAGCUCGCCCUCCCUCUCGACAUCAACAAUUACCCCAUGGCCAAGUAUGUGCAGCUCCACUUCAAGGAGCCACUCUGGGGGAUGCUCACGAGGACUCUAACAUCCCCCCUGACUCAAUUAGAGGAGAGUUUGGCCCCGGAAGCUCUAAACCUCUUCAAGUUGAUCCUCCGCUUUAUGGGUGACGCCCAGCUCAACGGCCUCCAGGAGAACCUGUUUGGGAACUACAUUGUACAGAAGGGGCUCUCCACGCCGAGCCUGCAAGACGAGAUCCUGGCCCAGAUUGCCAACCAAGUGUGGCGGAACACCAAUGUCCACAAUGAAGAACGGGGCUGGCUGCUGUUGGCCGCCUGCCUCAGCGCUUUCGUGCCCUCCCACCAGCUGGACAAAUACCUGCUGAAGUUUGUUUUGGACUAUGCCUUUGACGGCUAUAAGCCCGUGUGCCAACACAAGCUCAUGGAAGCCAUGGCAAGGGGUCAGGACGGCGUGGAGGCCACCCGGGCGUAUCCACCCACCAUGCUGGAGUGGACAGCCAGCCGCGACCGAGUGAACAUGGCCCUGGAUGUCUAUUGCUUCAACGGAGAUCAUUAUGCUUGCCCUGUCCAUUCCUGGACCACAGGCGAAGGCCUUGCUGAAAGUGUGUUGAAAUACAGGGGUCUUACAGAUGGAUGGCGAGGCUGGUCCGUCACCAUGAAGGAUGGUACCCAGUGGGCUGAGCUGGCUGGCCACGACUAUGUCUUGGAUCUGAUUUCUGAUCUGGAGCUGAUCCGUGGUUUCCCCAAGCAGAAGUCCUACUUCAUCCUUGCUUCUGAAGACCCAGAGAAAUUCACUGGUGGCAAAUUAGUUUUCCAACGUGGUUUGGAUUCAGAUGGGAGGGUUCCUCCUCCCCCACUGAUGAAGGCCCCCACCGUGGCCUCUGCCCACCUGCCAGACUCCGAGGGAUAUUGCAGCCAUGAUUCAGAUACCUACAGUGAACCCCGGAGCCAAAAAGGACUGGAUCACUAUCUGGAUAGCCUCUUUGAUCCUGUGCUGUCUUAUGGGAAAGGGGAACUAGAGAAGCCAGCGGCAAUCUCACGAAGGAUGAAAGGCGGUGGUCAUGUUGGGCACGGUGACGGUGACAAUGAGACGGCUGUGGUCCCUCAGACCUCUGGAAAGAAGGAGGAGGCUGUGUUGACCCAGCUGGCUUAUGGCAAACACCGAGAGUCCUUCCUGCAUCAAUUUACUCUGGUUUCCCACCCUCCUCCCCGUGCAGAGUCUGGCUUCCCGUCUCAGGCCGGAGGGCUUGUCCGCCACUCCAAGCUGAAUUCGGAACACAAUCCAGAGCCUACGCAGAAUAUCCGCAACAUUAUCAAGCAAUGCCAGCAACCUUUGCGCGCUUCAGAGCCCGUCAGGAAGGAAGGGGGGAAGGUCUUUGUGAAGAAAAUGGAUCCCCACGAAGAAGCCUUGAUGAUCCUAAAGAGACAGAUGGCACCCGCGGGAAUACCUGUGCAGCCCCUUCAGGCUGUCCGUGAGCCAGCACCGAGAGAGAUCGUCGCGAGGGUGAGACCAGUGGCUAGUGCCAAGGUAGCUGAACACCCUGCCAUGGCCCAACCUUUGCCUGAUGCUUCUUCAGCUUCCAUCUCCCGAGAGUUGGCAUCGGAGGAUGAGACAGUCCAGACAAAACUUUAUUGUCGAAGCAGCGGGGAAUUUUAUGGAUACCACAACGUCUCCUGGAAGAUCUAUCUCAGGAAAGAGGUUUUUUACCCAAAGGAGACUAUCAGCAGCCCUCUUCUGCUGGAUCUCCUUUUUCGGCAGAUCUUCAACGAUACUCUGUCGGACGCCUGCAUUCGUCUCACCGAGGAAGAGAAGUUACACAUGAAAGCUCUCUUUGCGGAAAACAAGCUGGACUCCUUCAGUCCGGUAGCCGAUGAAAGCGUCAAGAAGGAAAUCAUCCGUGUGGCCCGAGAGAAUUGGGAGGUGUAUUUCUCCCGCCUUUUUCCAGCUACGGGCAGCGUCGGCACCGGAGUGCAAAUCCUGGCCGUCUCUGACAUGGGCAUUAAACUCCUGCGACUGGUCAAAGGGGCCAAUCUCUCUGGGGAGCAGGUCCGGGUGCUGCGAGGCUACAGCUACAGUGAGCUCCUGUUUGUCACCAUCCCCUCGAAGAACAUGUUGGAGUUCAACCUGGUCCAUGAGAAGUUGAUUCUCUUCUCCCCCAAAGCCGUCCAGGUAAAGGCUUUGAUCGACCACUUCAUCAUGGAGCUCAAGAAGGACUCCCAAUACAUGGUUGCCAUUAAGAACCAUAUCACGAAUGCUGAAAACCUUCUGAGUUUUCACAAGGGAGACAUCAUUUGCCUGCGACCGUUGGAGGGCCUGGAGCCAGACCGCUAUUACGGCUGCGUGGUGAGGAAGAAAGUGAUUCUCCUGGAAGAGGUCAAAAAGGGCACCCUGGAUUUUGGCUGGAAGUUUGGUGCCAUCUAUGGGAAGUCGGGGCUCUUCCCCUCCAGCUGCGUCCAACCGGUGGCAGCCCCAGAUUUCACCCAGCUGCCCACGGAGAAGAAGGAGAACCCCAACAACAAGGAAGCCAAGGUGGCUGGCCCAGCCUCGGUGGCCGUGGCCGUGGCAUCAGCAGCCGUGGCUCAGGAGCUGGACAGGAAGGUUGAGGUUUCCCCAGUGGGCGAGGAAUAUUUGGAGAGCUGGGAAGAAGUUCAGAGGCCCCCUGAGAUGAGACCCCAAGGAGGCCCUUUCACCAUGCUGGAGUUUGCCAGGAAGUAUUUCCGAGAAGGGCAGAAGGCAAAGGCGGACAAGCCGAAAUCGAAGAAGGGUGUCGAAUCUAAGACUGUGGUGGAUAUUCUGAGAUACACCAAGUAUCCCAUCCAGGAGUCACUCAUUGGAUUCACCAACAGCAGCUUGAACAAAAUAGCAGCAGAAUCUUUCCAGGCUGUGAUGAGGUUUAUGGGUGACCUUCCACUCAAAGGACAAUCUGAGCUGGAUGUGGUCUAUGCUUUGUUGAAGCUCUGUGGAGACCACGAGGUCAUCCGGGAUGAAGUCUUUUGCCAGAUCCUCAAACAGAUCACGGACAACGUCAGCAGCAAGACGGACAGCUGCCCAAAAGGAUGGAGGCUUCUGUACAUCCUGAGUGGCUACUAUAGAUGCUCCGAAGUCUUCAAGCCCUACCUUCUACAGUUCCUCCAGGAGGUCUCUGCCCACCCUGGUUUGCAUUUUCAAGGCAUCGCCAAGGCCUGCGAGCAGAAUUUGGUGAAGACUUUCAAGUUUGGGGGACGCUGUGAGUUUCCUAGUGCCGUGGAGCUCCAAGCCUUGGUGGCUGGAAGAAGCUCCAAGCGCCAACUCUUCCUCCUUCCAGGAGGGAUCGAAAGGCACCUCAAAAUCAAGACUUGCUCAGUGGCCCAGGAUGUCAUAGAAGAGAUUUGCUUCGAAAUGGGUCUACACCAGCCUGAAGCCUUCAGGGAAUACAUCCUUUUUGCUGUCUCUAGUAAAAAUCAGAACGUCCGGCCUUUGGACAGGCGGGAGUACAUCCUGGAUGUCACCCUGGAAAUGGAGAACGUGGACAGUGGCUACAUGUUCUGGUACCGGCGUGUGAUUUGGGCCCAGCCGCUGAAAUUUGACAACGAGCUCUACGUCACCAUGCAUUACAACCAGGUACUACCUGACUAUCUGAAGGGCCUCUUCAACAUCUCAUCUUCUGCAAAGCCAAGUGACCAACAGUUGCAGCAAAUCUCCAAAUUGGCUGCUCUGCAGCUCUGGGUGAAGGGCCAGGCAACCCUGUAGGUGCCCUUGGAGAGGGAAAUUCAGGACUACAUCCCGCCCCAGUUCUACCAUCUGCAGAAGGCUCAGGCAUGGCUGGACAUGGUGGCCCCCUUCAUGCAUCAAGCACAAGCCUUGAGCGCCCACCAAGCUCGGGCCCAAUUCUUAGGGCUCCUGAGUGCCUUCCCCAUGUUUGGCUCUUCGUUCUUCUACAUCCAGAGUUGCAGCAACAACACCAUCAUUUCGCCUUGUAUCCUGGCCGUGAACCAGAACGGGCUCAAUUUUCUCCACAAGGAAACUCACGAACCCAUCGUGACGUUUUCUCUGAAGGAGAUCCACUCUACUCGGACCCAGAGACCUUCGGCUGGAUCCAGCUACCCCUACGUGGAGAUUAUGCUGGGAGACCUGAUGUCACACAGGAUCACACAGCUGCAGCUUAAGCAGGGCCUGGAACUGUGCCGUGUCAUUGCCACCCACAUGGAGAGCCUGCUGCAAGCCCGUGAAAAGCAGCUGACGCUGCCCCCAAGCGAGAUCACUUUGUUGUGAUUGGAUCUGCUGCUCUGCGUCUCUUCCAGAUUCCAGGACAGAUUUCUGGCCCUGCUACUAGGAGAUAUAACUGAGCUAUUAUUCAACAACGUCCACAUUGUCAUCUCCAGAUUUAGGGGUGGGAAUGUGAGCAAGGGACACAGUGGCUAAGAUGCUGAGCUUGUCGAUCAGAAAAGU